GAGACAAACCAUAUACUCUGAAUUCGUAACUACCUGACUGAUUUAAAUGUUGAAUUCGUGAAUGAAAUUAUUAACAUUUACGGACGAUCAGCUGGUGGAAAAGUCAAAUUUAUAAUGGUUAAGUUACUCAUAUUAUUAUUACUUUUAGUACAUGUUUCUGUAUCAAAUCUUUCGAUAGGCUCUGAGGUUUUAUCAACGGAAACUCAGGAUAUUUGGGGAAACAGAAUGAAACGCGCGACGUUAUUGAAGAAGAAGGGCAAUCCUGACGAAUGUAACACUCCCACGUGUGAGCGCUUCACUUCCCAAAUGCUCAAUUCGAUGGAACACGGCGCGGAUCCAUGCGAAGAAUUCUAUGAUUUAGUUUGUGGAAGACGUAUACGUGAAAACGGAUUCACCCGUAGCAAUUUUGAGGUGCUGGAAUAUUACCUGAAUACGAAAAUUACGUACAGAUCCGAAAAGUACCUGCAGGAUUUCAAAAGAUUCUAUGACAGUUGCGCAAAGUUUUCGCAAGAUUUCAACUUUUUGAUGAAUAUAGAUUAUAUUGAUGCUCCGUUGGUAACUUCUGAUAUUACUGAUCUAUUUGUUGAAGCUAUUUUACUUCAAGCGAUGCCCUUUUUUGAUAUUGGAUUAAUCAUUUCGGAAACCAAAGAAAAAUUCCAGUUCUCAUUACCUGUAUCAGGUGUUUCUUAUUUAAAAACCAGGAUUACGGGUUGGUCUGUAUUUGAGGAAAGCGCUGAAGAAUGUUUGGAAAAUUUACAGAACUCCAUAAGUUCGAAAACUAUCGAUAUAGAUAAGUUGCAUGAAGAAUAUAUAGGGUGUAAAAAACAAUUGAUAAAACAAUAUGCUGAAGAUUUUGAACAAGUUAUGAAAGCAAUUGGUAAAAUAACAGAAAAAAACAUGUUCCUAACUGAAUUACUGGAUUUGAUUCAGCGGUUCAUAGAAUCUGCCGUAAAAGCCAGAUCCGAUCAAAAUUCCGGAGAAUUAUUUAAAUCAAUGGAAAUAAAUGAGCUUAAUUCUAAAUACGGUCUCAUUGAUUGGAAAUUGUUUUUCGAAAAACUAACCACGAAUAAAACGUUCAGUGGAAAUGAAAAAAUUCUUGUGAGUUAUCCCAGUCAUUAUGAUUUUGUUUUUCGAGAGUUGCGUAAAGUUGAUAAAGAUAAACUUGUCAGUAUGAUCAAAGAAUUCAUACAUUUUCAAUUAUAUCGGAAUUUGGCAUCUCCAAAACACGUCUCCAACAAAGAAAUUUAUUGUAUGAAUUUAGCUCACGAGCUAAUGCCGGACAUAGUAACAACAAUUAUUUAUGAAAUAAAUCCAGCCAAGAAGAUAUUUUUACCAACACAUUUGACACAAAUGAUGUUCGGCGAUUUGAAACUUUCGUUUGGAAAAUCGAUAAAUAAUUCAAAAUUGGACGAUAUAUCUAAAGAAAAGUUUGGAAAAAAGUUGGAACGUUUGAAUUUGGGAUUGAUCACUAUUGGAGACAUGAACACAACCAGAGAUAAUUACAAGGAUUUGAAAGUCAGGGAUAAUUUUACAGAAAAUGUUGUAAUUCUACUCAAGAAUUAUAGAAAGCGUAUUUACGAAAUUGUUGAUUUGAAAUCUUCUUCAGCGACGCUGUUACAUUAUUUUGUGAGUCCGUUCAAUACGAAACCCGUGACAUUCUACACGAGUAAUGCAAUAGUUAUGCAUCCAGGAGUGUUCAAUGAGGUACCCAUCGGAUUGCCGGAGCAUAUUCGGUUGGCAAAAAUUGGAUUUCCGUUAGCUCAAAAUCUUGCCAAACAUUUUGAUCCAAUUGGUCGUGGAAUUUUGACGGAUAAUAUAAAAACAAACGACGCUUAUUACAACGACUUGAUGAAACAAUCUAAAGAAAUAUUUGAAAAAUUUUAUAUGAAAAUUCCGUAUCCAUUUCACAGGAGCUUCCUCAAAUUUAAGCCAAUAAAUGGUGACGAUUAUAUCAAUGAAUUGAUUUAUGAUAAUGCUGCUUUCAAAUUAGUAACUGACUAUCUGCACAAAAUGAAAAAGAAAUCAAAAAAUUUACCUUGGAUAUCAAGCGGUGGAAUAUCCUUCAAUAAAAGUUUUUUUAUAGCUUUCGCUCAAGAAUUCUGCGAUGACCAAUCUGAAGUUUCUUUUAUGAAAGAUCUGUUCGAAACGAAAACAUUACCUCCUCAAAUAAAAGUUAGAAAUGUUAUAAGUAACUCUCCUUUUUUUGGUGAAACUUUCCAAUGUUCUGAAGGAUCAAGCUUUUGGCUGGACCCCAGUGUUAUAAGACCAUUUCCUUUAUCUCCGCCUGACGAUUAUGAUGAUGAAGAACAAGAUGAAGGAGACUAAGGAAUCACACAACGGAAUAAGUUUCUAUUUCUAUGUAUGUUGUACAAAAUAAAUGUCUAAAGUAGUUCA